CGCUUGGGCGAAGGAGUGCAGGGCGCACAGUGCAUAGGGGCGCAAGAGCGGCGUUCCAGCCACUGCCGGGACGUAGGUUCCCUCUCGCCCGACUGCCUGGGAAAGAAGGCGAGCUUAGGGGGUAGGGGGUGGGGGGGUGUCGGCCACCGGGUGUAGCGAUUGGUGGUUUGGAUGCGGAGGGCCGGCUGCGGAGCUAGCGAACGAGCUGGCUCACGGGCAAGAGGAGGGGGCGGCUAACUUCCCGGGAGAAGGGGCUCUUUCCACGCCGGAACUGGCUAGCAAGCCUUAGCACCCUCCGUCACCGCCGCCGCUGCCGCCGCCGUCGCCGAGGGCUCGACUCCGGACAGCUGCUGCCUCCGCUCGCGGCGCUCGAAAAGUUGGGUCGGACCUGAACCCCUAACAGCGAAACCGCCUCCUGCCCUCACGCCCUCUCUGAGCUGAGUUGCGGGUGGUGACGGCAGCGGACCGGCUGGGAUUUCUCUUCGCACUGGAUGGAGCUGAACUUUAGGCUACCAGAGAAUUGCAGCCAUCGGGGGAUCGCUGCAUGCUGAGCUCCCUCGGAGAGACCUUGCAGGAACUCGGGAUUUUUUUUAGGGGGGGGGGCGGGGACCAGCCGCGCGCCGGCAACAUGCUCUUGGCGACCCUGUACUUCGCGCUGCCGCUCCUGGACUUGCUUCUGUCCGCUGAGGUGAGCGGCGGGGACCGCCUGGACUGCGUGAAAGCCAGCGAUCAGUGUCUGAAGGAGCAGAGCUGCAGCACUAAGUACCGCACGUUGAGGCAGUGCGUGGCGGGCAAGGAGACCAACUUCAGCCUGGCAUCGGGCCUCGAGGCCAAGGAUGAGUGCCGCAGCGCCAUGGAAGCCUUGAAGCAGAAGUCGCUCUACAACUGCCGCUGCAAGCGGGGCAUGAAAAAGGAGAAGAAUUGCUUGCGCAUCUACUGGAGCAUGUACCAGAGCCUGCAGGGAAAUGACUUGCUCGAAGAUUCCCCAUAUGAACCAGUUAACAGCAGACUGUCAGAUAUAUUCAGGGUGGUCCCAUUUAUAUCAGUGGAGCACAUGCCCAAAGGGAACAACUGCCUGGAUGCAGCCAAGGCCUGCAACCUCGAUGACACCUGCAAGAAGUACAGGUCUGCCUACAUCACACCGUGCACCACCAGCGUGUCCAAUGAUGUCUGCAAUCGCCGCAAGUGCCACAAGGCCCUCCGCCAGUUCUUCGACAAGGUCCCAGCCAAGCACAGCUACGGAAUGCUCUUCUGUUCCUGCUGGGAUAUUGCCUGCACAGAGCGGCGGCGACAGACCAUCGUGCCUGUGUGCUCCUAUGAAGAGCGGGAGAAGCCGAACUGCUUGAAUUUGCAGGACUCCUGCAAGACCAAUUACAUCUGCAGAUCUCGACUUGCAGAUUUUUUUACCAACUGCCAGCCAGAGUCAAGGUCUGUCAGCAGCUGUCUGAAGGAGAACUACGCAGACUGCCUCCUGGCCUACUCGGGGCUGAUUGGCACAGUCAUGACCCCCAACUACAUAGACUCCAGCAGCCUCAGUGUGGCCCCGUGGUGUGACUGCUUCAACAGUGGCAAUGACUUGGAAGAGUGCUUAAAAUUUUUGAAUUUCUUCAAGGACAAUAAAUGUCUCAAAAAUGCAAUUCAAGCCUUUGGCAAUGGCUCCGAUGUGACUGUGUGGCAGCCAGCCGUCCCGGUGCAGACCACUACCGCCACCACCACCACAGCCUUCAGGGUCAAGAACAAGCCCCUGGAACCAGCAGGGUCUGAGAAUGAGAUCCCCACACAUGUUUUGCCACCUUGUGCAAAUUUACAGGCACAGAAGCUGAAAUCCAACGUGUCAGACAACACACCAACUUGUCUUUAUGAAAGCAAUUAUGAAAAGGAUGAGCUCGCUGGUGCCUCCAGCCACAUAACCACGAAAUCGAUGGCUGCUCUUCCAAGCUGCGGGCUGAGCCCACUGCUGGUUCUGGUGGUCACCGCCCUGUCUGCCCUGUUAUCGUUAUCUUUGGCAGAAACAUCGUAGCUGCAUUAAAAAAACAAUGGACGUGUAAAAAGACAAAAACCGAAGUUAUCUGUUUCCUAUCCUCUUGUGUAUCUGAAAAUCCAGUUCUAAGAGCUCAGCGGAGAAACGGUUUCAUCCAACUGGAAUUUUUUUUUUAAAGAGAGCUUCUUGUGGUCCUUGGGGGCGGCUGUGGAAAGCCUGAGGCAGUGCUACAUUCCACACUCAACAAGCUUUGCUUGGGGCAUGCUGUAUUCUAAGGGGACAAUUUGUAGACUUGACUGUAAAGUGAACUGGGGCCAUGUUUUUGAUGACGAAGAUGAUCAUGACCAUGAUGAUGAUUUUGAUAGUUUUAACUCUGGCCUUUACUAAAUGGAAAAGGAGUUAGUGUUUUUAAAGAUUCUUCCAUAUCUCAUGUAGUGGCUUCCACUUCUAAUGACAUAACCUACAGCAUAACGUGGAUGACAAGCUUCUUAGCCAUAAAGUGAAAGUUUGCAUCCAGAGUGGAUUUUGUGGAAAACAACUUGCACCGAUCUUCAUCUUUCUGUACAUGCUAGCAUCUUCCGCACUGUCUGUGUAUUGUAAGCAGUUCUGUGCUGUCAUACAAACAAAGGACACCUGUCACAUCCAAAGGUAGCCAGUGGCUUUUAGUCAAAAUAGAGAGAGUGGUUGUGAAACCUCACAAUACCUUGAUUACUGGUUGAUACUCUCCUAAGCCUUACCUGAAUGAGAAGUCCUUAAGCUAACAAGAGUCAAAUAUAGUGCAAGCAUCAUUCUAAUACUCUUUACACUUAUGAGGUUAUAUGUAGAAAAGAAAUUUUACUACUCAAUGAUUUCAGCUACUGGCUUUCUAUAUUUUAAAAGUAAUGAUCUCUUCAUAUUUUUUACUGAUGGUUUAAUACAGAAUAUGUGGAGCCUGGAUUUUCUCUCAGAAGUUGUGUUAGCGCUGACAAUAACUUCAUAAAGACAGUUCUUGAAAAGCGGAUGCUGAAGAGCCCUGUGCUUAGCAGAAAGCGUUGCCUCUGGUGGCUGUGGACAGGCAGGAGGAAACAGCACAGUCUGGGUUGUCUUUUGUCAUGUCUGGAAAUGCAAGCAGGUGCAGGGAAACCAGGGGCCACUUGUCAUGGUGCACUGCGUGUCAUGGUGUCUUUGUCAGUUGACACGACCUGAUACCUUGGCGCUCAUGGUUCCUGACAGAGGCAGCUUUGAAGGGAUGGGCUGCCCUCUCUUUCCAUCCAUGCCCAGAUGUGCGGUUGUUCUCCUGAGGACUGUCUUUAUUUCCAACUGUGACCUCUAGACCGCUGCUGAGAGCAGUUUGCUCUGGGGAUCAUCAGGAAUCCACUUCCAUCUUGUUCUGUUCUCCUCUGACAGACUGUGACUGACUACGCAGAAAGGAAAGGAGGUUGGUGGGCUGAGGGGGUCAGUGUGACAGCUGUGGAGGCGCCUUUGUUGGCACAGGUACGCAGAGCAGGGCAGCCCCGUGGUGACAAGGCAGCGGCUUUGUUAGCUGCCAUGUUCUCUCAGUGUUCCUUUCCUCCAGAACUCAGACCCUCACAUGCACUUUUGAAGUCUGAUUGAGAUGGCGAAAUUCAGAGUCUGCAGUGAUCACAUCCUAGUAGCUGAGUUUCUCUGCCACUGGACGAGAAGAGUAGAUUCUUCCUCCAAGCGUGCUGGCAGCGUGAGGUUUCUCCCCAUAUUUCAGAGGACCUGCAGGGGAAUCCCCUGGCAGUCUCUUUGCCGGCUGAGCUUCUGUCUUGGAAGAUUCAGCAGAUCACUGGAGGAGGAGGAGAAAUCUAUGAAAUCCAAGAGAGAGGCUUACUCUCUGUGCUCUUUCCGUGUUUGAAAUGUAUUUAUACCCAGAUGUUAAUAAACACAGAUGUAUAAUAGUACCAACAUUUUUUUCACCUAAGAAUGCUUUCAAGGUAAAUGCAUCCAACACCCAGCUGUCUUUGAUCAGUGAAAAGUUCCAGAAAGAAUCUCACUUUGAAUAAACACACUUAAUGUGUCAAAGCAUUUGAAACGGCAGCCAUCCUAGAGUGCAGAUCUGUUACGAGAUGUAUUUUGUUUUAAUUAAGAUAUCUCUGAGUAUCUAUAUUCAGCUAAUUGCAUAAGGGUCUGAUUCUGUGUGAUCCACUGUGGAAAGCUAUUGAUUACUUCUGCAAAACCCACCAGCUCUAAUUAGCUUCAGAUAAUGUAAGAAGGCAUGGGAGUUCUCAGUGCUAGCUAGGGCAGCCUGCACCGAGGACUGUGUAGACACACAGUGUAGGAAUUAAAUCUUAAACAGCUCUCUCCCCAACAAAGGUCUCAUUUUUUUUCAUACAUAAAAGCAUAUUUGAGUUACCAAAUCCUCAGACUGAAAAUGAGGGACUGAUGACAUAAACAUGAGAAAUAGCUUGUUGAGGAACAACUUGCUAAAGAAAAUGUUACAAAAUUAACCCAAACUAGUGGUCCUGUCAUUUUGUUUGAGCUCAGUUUACCCUGGUGAUCCUAAAACAUCAUCAUUUUCCUCAGGACUGGAAGAGAGAAAUUAUUGAAAUAUUUUACCUAUCUAACUUCCCCCUGGGGUGCUUACAUGCAAAAAGUGAUUACAUCCUGUCCUUCAGUCCCCACCUUUCAGGUGUCAUAAGUACAGGGGCUACUGAUGAGGUCAAGUCUCUUAUAGGAAGGGCCUUAUGGUGCUUGAUUUGGACAACAAAACACAGACACUUAUAUCAAUGGAGACCAUAACCUUCGGAUCAGAUCCACCCAGAUCCUACUUAUUUCAGAGAGAGAGAGAGAGAGAGAGAGAGAGAGAGUAACAGGACAAUAUUGCCUCAAUGAGUAGAAGCACAUUCAUUUCACUUUGAUGUUGACUAUCUCUGACCAAUGUAUAUUUGAGCAUCUUUUGAGUAGAGCACAUGACGGAAGGAUUGCACAACGUGGAGCGGGGAUUCUGAAUGUCAGCUGAAUAUUUAUUUUUCCAUAUGUCAUUUUUUUCAGGCCCCUAAGAAAAUAGAUAUUAAAACUUAACAUAGGUUAUUUUUUUUAAGUAUCAUAGCAAACUAUAUCCAGAGCGUUAAGAGUGUGGUUUCUAUUUUAUUUUUUUUAGAACAAGUACGUAUCUUCUAGUAAAAAAUAUCUUGGCUUCAAGUUCCAGUGAUGGCUUCGGGUUCAUCCAGUACUAGUCAGGGCUUCUCCAGGGCUGCUGUGGCUUUGGAUUUCUUCUGUAUUGAGACCAUUUCUGUCUUGCACAGGCUCCAAGGCUGGAUCUCCCGCACUGCAUCCCAUCUCCUACGUACCUUUUUGUCUUUCAAUCAGACACUCCCAGACACUCCAUCUGGUGAACUAGGAAAGUGGGAGAACGGAAGCAUUUUUAAGUCAGUGUAAAGUGCUUGAGAACAGGGAUGUAAGCGCCGUGGGAGUUUAUAUAAUUAGCAAAUUCUUAGAAUCCAGCAUGAAUGUAUUUCAGUUAUUAUUUACAAAAUAGUGGCCUCAGAGGAGCUAUCUUUUGGAAAAUAAGUUUUCAUUCAUGUAGUUAGACACACAUGACUUAUUUGAGUCCAUCCUGGAGGCCAGAAAAGGGCUGCUCGAAUGAUUCCUGUUUUCUGAUUCUCUUUCAGUGCUGUUUAGAUCUCGUGGCUUCAUGCUGCCACAGGCUCUGUGGCCUUUGCUUCUCCUCUUUGCUGAAGCAAAUGAGCCCGUGGGAAGCCCAUGUUUGCAAGAAAGACGAGAGGCAGUGGCAGCAGAUGGGAGUAAGUUACUGUUGGCCAAGGACCAUGACAGCAGAAGGCCAUCUGUGCUGAGCUGGGAGAGUUUGGUGUAACAAAGCCGAAUCAUGGUGUAACAAGAGGCCUUGAGCCACAGGCCACAGGGUCCUGCAGUCUUCUCCUGCUCCUAGUGAGCAGGAUAGGAGCCUUCAGCUAGCAAAGCAUUGAGUUCCUUGAAAUAGGCAGUGGUUUCUUUCCAGCAAGGAGGCCAGAGCCAUGGGUGAUUUCUGGAUGGGAAAAAGGUUUCCUUUUAGAAAUUCUGAAAUAAAACGGCUGGGGAUUUGGUUGAACACCCUUAGAAGCUACAUUUUUGUCUUAUCCUGAGACAGAAAUCCUGUGUAUGUAUCUGACACCUCUUGACUCUGACACAGCUUUUCUUCUUGAGUGACCAUUUGUUUGAAGGUUUUGUCUAGGAUUCUUUGUGAGAAUUAUACCUUUGAUUAAUAUUUUCACUGCAGGGGCCUUAAAUCUGUGGGCUUUGCACAUCCCAGUAUGUAUUCCGUAGCAUGUUUUUUUCCUCCAGGACGUCUGUCUUGCGGUGUGACCGGUUCAGUUCCUUUUGCUGUUGGUUACUGAGUCUCUACCUUCACCCUUUUUCUUUACUGCCAAGUAUUUAGCAGGAUCCCUUCCUGUCCAUCCUUUACCCCAAUUGCUGUAAGCUUAGCGCUGGCCAAGGUCAUUCUUGUUCCUUCAGAUGCCCACUUUGUUGCAGAAGAAGUCCCAAGAGCCAAAUAACCUAAAGACGUCACUAAUCCUCCAGGCAGCAGAAGGUCAGCCCUCCCCUGUGCUCUUUCUUCUUCGCUUUGGGCUGCUAGGCCUGCUGCACCCUCCUCAGGAAUCUCUUGGUCACUCCCUGUGACACUUCUCAGAUGAGCCUGGGUGGUAGCUCAGCAGCGUGAGCCACCUGCACUUCUGAUGGCUCUGAGACCCAGCCCAGAGAGGCAGGGAAGGCACACAAACCAGAUUUCAGUAAACUGACUGCACAGCCCUGCAGCCUGUUAAUAGUCACUGAGGCCUCAACCCCCUAAGGUCUCCAAACUCAUUUGACCGGCACAGCUGCGACUUCGGCUGUUUGCCUCUGGCAGGUGCCAGUAUCAGCAUCUUGUCCCACUGCCACGGGGAGUUUAUUUUUGCUUGAGGGCAGUUGCCAAGUCCAGCACUCGGCAUCAAUGGAAGGUUUUCUCUGAUUUCCUUCUAUUACUUACAGGCUGGGCUUUCUUACCAGUCCCAAUUUUUUGUGUUGUGGAGAGCACCAGGAGGCUGCCCAGACAUUGUCAGCUUCCUCUUGGGUCCUGACAUUGCUUUCUGCCCAUCAGCCUUCCCUAGCAGACAGCACGAUCAUAGCAGACAUUUGAAAAAUGCUACUUGCAUGAAAAAUUAACACAUCGAAAGACAUCAUUCUGUCACACAGGGAGGAAGUUGGGUCUACUUGUAUAGCUGUGCUGUCAGUGAGCUUCAUGGACACUGAAUUUGUCCUCCUGAGAUACAGAGGAUGAGCUAGGGGGUAAAGGUCCAAGGGGUGUUCAGAUUGUGGCAACUUUAAAUGUGCUCACUGUGUUUCCGGCUGAGAGACAAAAAGCCAGUACUUGUCCCUGAGGACCUGAGUAUGACCAGCCAGCCAGCCUCAGCAGCUUUCUGCAUUUGCCAGAUCAAAUGAGUCUGCGGAGAUUUUAAUCUGCCUGGAGCACAGGAAAUAGGCAAGAAAGCUGGACCACUUCUCAAGUCCCAGAUCACUCCCAGGGAUGACAGUUUCUCCAUUAAUGUCCUGACAAAAAAGUCAAGUGCUGUCCUCUGGCUGGAUGACCCAUCAUUUAGAGCUGAAGCUUUCCCAUGAGUAAUGUGAGACCAUUGAGUCCUUGGACCCCAGUUUUCCCCAAAUUAAGAAAUACUUAUCUUUCCAAGUUGGCAAAAUCCUUUAGCUUAGCAUCCUUUUUUAUAUAAAAAGCCUAUGAAUCUGUUUUUCUGACCUGGGCUGGAGUUAAGUUUCUGUCCCCGUGAGUAGGAGAGCAAACCCAGUUCAGCCAUGAUAGAGAAGGCAGACCCACUUCCUCUCAGCCUGGUCCUAAGCCUCUACUGCAGCAUCCCAGUGAGGAGCAGAGGCACCCCUCACUCCCAGGGACCUUAGAGGGCUGUGAGCUUGGCCUGCAGGUGAGCAGUGGAGCUGUUCCAGUGUCGAGUCUCAGCCUUGGUGCAGUUGGGACUGAGACCCUGGAACCCUUGUAGCUGAGGCGAGCACAACCCAUAGGGUUUGUUCAAGAGAGCAAGAUUUGGACUAGGCAGUGACACCUGGUGCUCACCAGACGUAGCGCAGAUCACAAUGCUUGAUGCUCAAGUGAGGAAGGAUGGAGAACUAGAAUCCAGGAGUGGCUCAGCAUACAAACCCCUAAGGCCUUUAGAAGUCAGUAAAGGUUGGUACCAGGGCUGGGUCAAGGUAGGUGAUUAGUAUGGGAUGCGUGAAAGUACUGGGCCUUCCAGCACACUGGCAUAUGAACCUCAAUCAGCAAAGACCUACUUUUCCUCUCUCUGUUCCCACUCAGUUCCUCUCCUCCCUCCCUCCCACCUCUCCCUUCCUCCUUCCCUCCCUCCCUUUCCUUCUGAGUUCUCUCCCCACCCCCUCCCACAGGGCUGUAUGAUCCAGCAUUAUCUUCCUGGGGUACAAAGUGUGCUUGGUCUGGAAUUGGGGCUUUGAUCAUUUCACUUUGGCAAAGGCAUUUCUGAAAUGUGAGGUGGGGGUGGGAAGAGAAUGGAGAUCCCAGAACCAGAUCACAGACUGCUCUCUUUUAUUUGGCUGUGGUCUUUCUGUAAUCAGGCACUUCUGAUGUGCUUUUUUGGAAUCAGAAAUCGCUGAUUGUCCUCAGAGGAUUGAAGAAAUGGUUUCAGAAACCUGAAAUCCAGGGCCUUACAGUUCUCCUAAUUAUGUUUUUUCUCUUCUUCUCCCUUCCCUCACCCAAGGGAGCGGGAAACACUUCUCACCAUGGAGCCUACUUGAAAGAGUUUCCCAUCUUGUGUGUAUUAUCCCUUGAUAUUGAAAUUAUUUUCUCUUUAAUCCAACUCCCACUGAGAAGCUGUGUGAGAUUUAGGAUGGAAGAUUUUUUUCUUGUACUUCUGGAUGGUGUACUUUUUUACUCUUAACCCGAGGGUGUGUCUCAGCUGCCUUUCUAUUUCGUGAGGUUAACAAUACAGGUGAAAUAAAAGAAGUCUUCUGAAUUGGGGGAUAUUUUUAGAAUUCUGCCCUGGGCGAGAGGUCCAGACACCCAAGCAAUUCAGAGCUGUAGCUGAGAGGGCAAAGCGAGCUUUGCUGUGGAGCUUGCGCUGGGAGAGGCAGAUUUCCCGGAUCUCCAUGCUCAGCGGUGUUCUGGAGUCUUCUGCCUGAGGAGGAAUGAUCCCUUUUCCUCAUGUCUGUGUUUCUGGUUUCCCAAGGAUGAUCGUGUUUUCAGAGAGUUAUGCCCAUACCUCUUCCUCACACAGCUGUCCGCAACAUACUUUCUUGCCGACGUUCAUGGAAGAACAUCUCCGUGUAGAAGUACAAGUUUUGCUAUUUGGACUUUGGAAGUGGUUUUGUGAUGUUUGAAUUUUCUGUGAGCCUAGUGCUCAAACACUACAGAGUAUAUGUAGUCCCUUUGGCCAUCUCUACCCCAGAAUAUC